AUGAAGCUAAGAAUAUUCUUGUGUGUGAUUGGUGUCGUCGUUGCAGAUGGCCCGGCACGCUACGAUACCAUAGUGGUGGGUCUGGGCUCAGCGGGUGUGACAGCAGCAUCUACCCUAGCGCGCACUGGACGCCGGGUCUUAGGUAUAGAGGCGCAGGGCCGUAUCGGCGGCAGGGUGCACACUGUGGCGUUCGGAGACGGCCUUGUGGAGCUGGGUGGUGAAUGGGUCCUAGGCACCAAAAAUAGCCGCACAUACGCCGCAGCGCAACAACACAAUGUUACCAUCAUUCCUCAAGACUGGAGCAAGCUGGUUUACUACUCUGAUGGAACACCAGCAGAUUCGCAGCUGAUCAGCCAACUGGCUGAACACAGAUUCGAUGAUGGGCCGGAUCCACCGGAGGCACAGGGGAAUUUCACCACCGGGAAAAUAUUGGAGGAUAUCACGAAGAACAGGCCGGAUCUACUUAAGGACCAAGACUUCAUAUCAGGGAUACUGUCGUUCGUCGAGCUGAUGGUAAAUAACUUGGAAGGUUCCAGCGACUGGAACGAGGUAACUACUGGGGGUGACUACGAAGAUCUAGAGGGGGACCAGAGCUUGAGCUGGCAUCGGCAUGGCUACAAGACUUUCUUUGACAUCAUGCUGAACACGUACAAAGGCGGCCCAGGUCUACCAAACUUGGACUUGAAGCUGAACACGGAAGUCAAGGUCAUUAGAGCGCCGCAGCACCCCACGGAGUGCGUCAUCGUUGAGUGUAGCGACGGCAGCUUAUACGAGGCCGAUAACGUCAUAGUCACCGUGUCCCUCGGGGUUCUCAAGGACAAAAAAUCAACGCUAUUCUCACCGCCGCUGCCCGAGGACAAACAGACAGCCAUAAACAAGAUUAGCAUGGGAGUGUUGGAUAAAGUGGUCCUGGCGUUCGACCAGCCCUGGUGGACGCAGAACAUCUCGAGGUUUUUAUUCAUAUGGAAAGAAGCAGAUAGGAAGAAAGUGCCUGCCUUGGACCUCUGGACCACGAAAGUUGUGGGAGCCUCUCGACCUAUGGGGUCCAGUAACACUUUAACUUUGUGGAUCAGUGGAAAUAUUGCGAAGGAGGUGGAGACACUUUCAGAAGACACUGUGAAAACGAAAUGCGUAGCCCUACUGCAGAGGUUCAUGGGUGAUACCUUGAAGGUUACUGUGCCGGAGCCUACCGCUAUUCUACGAACAACCUGGUACUCGAACCCAUACACCCGCGGGAGCUACACUUUUGACAACACCCUCACUCCUCAGUACCCUGAUGCUCGAGAUUGGCUCGCGAGGCCGCUCACGGACUCGUCGGGGGCCCCGCGAGUCCUAUUCGCUGGCGAGGCCACAAAUCGACGCCAUUUUGGCACUGUUCACGGCGCCAGUGAGACUGGAUACAGGGAGGCCAUGCGAUUGGUCAAUAAAACCUAUAUAACUAUUUAUCCUAUUUUUUGGGGUGACAAGCCACACGGUUGGCCAACUAAAAGUGGACGUUGGCCCAACAAAUAG